AUGGCCGGAGGAACACAGGUAAUACCAACCCUAGAAACAGAUGUUCAGGCUACGGUGAAACCACCAACCUCCGUCCCGACUUCCUCAAUACCCCUACCAGAAAAGCAAUCUCCGUCGAUAACCGCACCAUCGGCACUUUUGAAAUCCUCCCCGAUUCACCAACAAAUCGAACCGUUGGAUGUUAGCCCCCUUUCCGCCUACCAUGACUCUGACCUAGGGGAAACUGAGGGGAAAGAAAGCGAAGAGAAGAAGAGCCAGGGGGAAGGGGAUGAAUCAGAGAAAAUGCCGGUCGCGGAACCUGUUCCCCAAGAGAAGGAAAGAGAGGAGAUAGAUCUGAACGAGACGACCAGGAAGCAAGGCCUUAUGAGUGAUGACGAAUUCCAGGCACUUUUAGACGAGGUGAACAGGAUGGAUGUGGACACUGCCGAGGUGGCUGAGGGUCUGGACCUCCCAUUGAAGAAGCAGACCGAAGAAGAAAAGCAAAAGUCAGUGACCCCUCAGCCGGAAGCAGGGGAGGAUGAUAAACACAUCGAGGAGAAGGAGACCGAAGUGCAACCAGAGGAACCAGAGCCAGUGGUACCACCAGUAUUGAAACCAAAAACAGUUAAAAGAAAAUUGGUGUUGAAGAAUGAUUCUAAGGCAGAAAGGCCGAAGCCAAAGAGAGUGUCGCAAAGGUGUCUCGGGAGAUGGACAUCCAGCAAGGUAGGAGCAAACACGACAGCAUGCGUAGUGGAGAUCUCUAGUGAAGAAGAAAAGAAUACUCCUACAAAACCUGGGGACGAAUCCUUGUCAGCUACCAACCUGGAAGACGCCUCGACAACAACAGGGAUGAUCUCACCCACGCCGAGUGACCAGAGAGAAGAAACUGACGAGAUGGCUGAGGGUCUGGACCUCGCAUCAAAGUCAGUAGGUCUUGAAGAGCCAGUAGAUGACAAUUCCAAUAUCCGCGUGGAGACCCGGCCUACUGCCUAG